AUGAAGUUUCAAGCACCCCUCACUCUGUUCUUCGGAAUCCUCGCCAGCGCUUCUGCUGAAUUCGUCCGCAAGGUGGAAGAACCCACACAACUUCAUGAUGUCAUGUUCCAAUCUUGGGCCAACGAACACGAGAAGGAAUACACUUCCGAUUUCGAAAAGGAGCACCGCAUGCGUGUCUGGAUGCAAAAUCACAUCAAGAUUGAACUCCACAACAACCAAGUUCCAGAACCAAAAUUCAAGCUUGGACACAAUGCCUUUUCGGAUAUGACUCAGGAUGAAUAUGCUGCAUUCAAUAAGCUAGGAGCUCACGCUUCCAAGAAUGGCAAGCUUUCCGCCGAACGAAAGAUUAAUCCUCAGGCCGAAUCGGCAACCUUUCGUGCCUUGGAGGAUUCCAUGUUUGAAUUGCCCAAGGAAGUUGACUGGACUGCUCUUGGAGGUGUGACCCCUGUUAAGAACCAAGGGUCUUGUGGUUCUUGCUGGGCAUUCUCCACCACUGGUGCUUUGGAGGGUGCCAAGUUUGUCAAAACUGGAGAACUGGUUGCCUUGUCGGAACAAAACUUGCUGGAUUGCGACCACAAGGAUUUGGGAUGCAACGGAGGAUUGAUGGACAAUGCCUUCAAGUUUGAUGAAAAGAGUGGUGGACUCUGCAGUGAAACCGACUACCCGUACAAGGCCAAGCAAGGAAAGAAGUGCAUGACAAACUGUACCGAUGUUCCAGGAACCAUUGUCAGCACGUUCUAUGACGUUCCGAAGGGAGAUGUCAAGGCGCUCGAGGCUGCUGUUGCCAUGCAACCCAUUUCUGUUGCUAUCCAAGCCGAUCAAUUUGUCUUUCAAUUCUACAAGACUGGUGUCCUUACCGACGACAAGUGCGGAAAACAAGGAAUGAUUGACCACGGUGUCUUGGCCGUUGGAUACGGAAUUGAUGAGAAAACUGAAGAGCCAUACUGGUUGGUCAAGAACUCCUGGGGUGGCUCGUGGGGAGAGAAGGGAUACAUUCGCAUGUCCAGAAAUAGCAAGAACGACUACGGAAUGUGUGCCAUUUUGAAGGCUGCCUCGUUCCCUGAAGUCAAGGCAUAA